CCAACUAAAAAAAAUACAUUUCCAAAAACUGCAGAUUUUAACAUCUUGCCACACAUCCGAUUAUUUUAUGGAAAUACAUUUUCACAAGAUGAAUCUUGACGACAGACACACACUUGCUACAAGGCCUGCUACAAAUGAUCACAAUUCAAUUUCUGAGUUCUCCAUGCCAGCCUUCAGACCUCCUCCCCCUCGCAGGGACUCCUUCUACUGGCAGGCUGGCCAGUCUCUGGAGGUCGGAGGGCGAAGCCUUCGCAAAACAGAGCAGAGAGAGAGACGGCUAACAGCUGCUUCUAGAGAUUCCUCUUCAUGGCCUGACCCCAGACCCGGGGCUCCCCACACCGUGUCGGUCAGAUCCGGCAGGCUAUGGAGGCAGAGGAAGAAGAAGAGGACCCAUAGCUUCAGCACAACCCCCAAAUACCGCCGGACGACCGCCGUGACCUCUGCAAGGUUCUCCUCCGACAUCUGGACUAGCGAGGGUCGGAUCCCGAAGGGGUCAAGACCCGGUUACGUGCUCCCGGUGCCUGAGGAGGAAUUCCUGGAGGACAUGCUUUCAGAAAACCCCAGGUUCCCCAGUAAGUCCCAGCGCCAGCGUCCGGAAUACUGGGAGGAGGCGGCGGCCGCCCUGCCGGUAUACCGGGGACCGUGGCAACAAGAAACGACGGAGACGGCGACGCCGGCGGUGUCGGUGUUGGUACCCACGUCGGGAUCGGGUUCGUCGCCUUCGGAAUUUGACUUCUACCACUGACACCAACGAUGCUGUUGCUGCUUUUAUAUGAAAUCUCUUUAAUAUUCAGUAAAUUCAUCUCCUGUACAAUG